GUUUGGCCAUUUCGGGAGCUCGUGAUGGCUGUUACUGGAAGAUGCUGCAGCUGUGGGGAAAAUGUGCCUCUUCUGUCAUUUUUGACCUUUUUCCUCUGCUGUGGUCUUGUACUUGGACAAAUCCGCUAUUCAGUCCAAGAGGAAUCUGACAAAGGAGCGAUCGUGGGUGACAUUGCGCAAGAUUUGGGGUUGGACGUUGCAAAGCUCUCGGCUCGAAAUAUGAAGGUAACGGCCGACGGAGGAAAACGGUACGUAGAUGUGAAUCCAAAAAACGGAAAACUGUUCGCGAACGAGCGAAUCGACCGCGAGGCGUUGUGCGACAGGAGCGGCGGCUGCGUUCUGAAUUUUGAUCUGCUUCUCGAAAACCCUUCCGAGGUCCACAGCAUCGAAUUGGAGGUGGUCGACGUGAACGACAACGCGCCGCAGUUCCCAAGAGACGAGUACCAGUUGGAAAUAACGGAAUCGGCGUCCCCUACUUCUCGUUUUCCCGUCGAGCACGCUCUGGAUCCAGAUGUCGGGACCAACUCAGUCCGAUUUUACCGGCUCGGCCCAAACGACCAUUUUGCUCUCGAUUCCAACAAACCGUCGCCCAGCAGCAAACACGUCGAGCUUGUGCUAAAAAAGCCUUUGGAUCGCGAGCAGACGCCGUAUCAUCAGUUGAUUUUGACAGCGUCUGACGGCGGCACUCCAUCACUGACAGGUACGGUGAAAAUUAACGUGCGCGUCUUAGACUCAAACGACAACAAUCCCGUGUUCGACAACUCUGUGUACAAAGUGAAACUGCUGGAAAAUUCACCAAAAGACACACUAGUUAUUAAAUUAAACGCCACGGAUCAGGAUGAGGGAACAAAUGGCGAGGUGUUUUAUUCGUUUAGCAGUUACACUCCGGAAAGGGUCAGGCAGGUGUUCAGCAUGGACACCAACACUGGAGAAAUCCGAGUCCGGAGCAAUGUGGACUAUGAGGACACAAACUCGUAUGAGAUGUACAUUCAGGCCAUGGACAAAGGACCAGCUGCUGUUGCUGCCCACUGUAAAGUGGUGGUGGAGGUAGUGGAUGUGAACGAUAACGUUCCAGAGAUUGUGCUUUCAUCCUUGUCCAGCCCGGUGCGAGAGGAUGCCCGUGCUGACACCGUUGUAGCCUUGAUCAGUGUGACUGAUCGGGACUCUGGCCCAAAUAAGCAAGUGAUGCUAGAGAUCCCACCCGGCCUUCCUUUUAAAAUAAAAUCUUUCAGGAACUACUACACUUUAGUAACCUCUGCCUUCUUGGACCGUGAAACCACAGCAGCCUAUAAUGUGACCCUCAGUGCCACAGAUGGUGGCACUCCACCCCUCUCUUCAAAGAAAACCAUUCAGGUGGAUGUGGCAGAUGUUAAUGACAAUCCACCACGGUUUGAGCAGACCUCUUACACUGUGUAUGUUAUGGAGAACAAUGCACCUGGAGCCUCUCUCUGCACUGUCAAAGCUCUUGACUCAGAUGUGAAUGAAAAUGCCCGAAUAACUUAUACCGUUCUGACUGACAACAACCAUGGAAUUCCUGUCACUUCUUAUGUUUCCAUUAAGCCAGACACAGGUGUAGCUUAUGCUCUUCGCUCCUUUGAUUAUGAGUCACUUAGGGAGUUUCACUUCCAGGUAAAAGCACAGGAUGGGGGCAUUCCACCCCUCAGUCGUGUGGCCACUGUCUACAUCUAUAUAAUGGACCAAAAUGAUCAUCCUCCUCAGAUUGUGAACCCUCCAGCCAAUGGGACACGCUCCACAGAAACAGUGCUGAAGAACAUUGAAGCUGGUGCUCUGGUCACCAAGGUGGUUGCAUAUGAUGCAGAUGCUGGACAAAAUGCUUGGCUCAUUUAUGUUUUGGAUCAGUCCUCUGAUCUAGACCUGUUCAAAGUACAUGAGCACACGGGGGAGAUUCGUACAACACGUCGAGUCCUAGAAGACAACUCAACCUCUUUUAGUCUCACUGUGUUGGUAAAAGACCAUGGAGAUCCAGCUCUUUCUUCUACUGCCACCAUUAACAUAGCUGUUAUGGAGGUGCCACCUAAAAUUGCACCUGACCCCAAAAAGAUAGUUCGUCCUCACAGCACACCUCUCUUUUCUAAAGUAACACUCUACCUAAUUGUAGCUCUUAGUGCCACAACUUUUGUGUUUCUGGUGACCGUGGUGGUGUUAGCAAUAGUCCGGUGCCAUGCCUAUUGUACACAACCUGGCUCAUGCUCACCCUGCUGUGUGUCUCAGAAGAGCACACAAGAUGGUGGGUCUGGAGGAGGUGCAGGUGGAGGGUCUCAGGGCAACAACAAUGUGGUGCUCCGCCGAGAUCUCAAAGUCGAACCUCAUUACAUUGAGGUUCGGGGUAAUGGCUCUCUGACCAAAACAUACUGUUACAAAACCUGUAUGACUGCCACAUCAGGUAGUGACACAUUCAUGUUCUACAACACGGGCCGGCCCAUCAGUGGGACAUGGGGUUCGGAGCGCUUCUUUACAAGUGGCAGUGGCUUUGUUCGUAGACUCAGCAUGCCCGAUGCAGCAAUACAGCCCAAGGGACCGAAUGCUGACUGGCGGUACUCUGCAUCUUUGAAGGCAGGAGUGCAGAGCUCCGUUCACAUGGAGGAGACCUCAGCUAUGAUGCAGGGUGCACAAGGAAUGCUUGUGCAGAACUGGCCUACAGUGUCCAGUGCUGCAGAUGGAGAAGCUGAAGGACAACUGUCUCCUCCUGUUGGAGCUGGGAUCAACAGUAAUAGCUGGAGCUUCCGUUAUGGUGCCGGGCCAGGCUAUGGUCCUCCACAGGUCCUGAAGCCAGGUGAGACCCCUCCUGAAGCCUUCAUCAUUCCUGGCUCACCUGCAAUCAUCUCCAUCCGGCAAGACCCUGGCGCCAUGGAUGAGAAGGGGGACUUUAUUAGCUUUGGCAAGAAAGAGGAUCCCAAGAAGAAGAAAAAGAAGAAGAAGGAGAAAAAGGACAAAAAGGAGAAGGGCAAAGAUGAUGGACUGUACUCCAGAAUACAGCACCAUUUUAAAAUGAGAACGGAAAAGAUGAUAUCUUCAUUUACGACAUUAUGUCAUUUGGCAUGGGUAUUCAUCAUCAUUCGAGCUGUCCAAGCAGAUUUGAGCUACACAUUCCCGGAAGAAACGAAGCAGCAAUAUGUGAUCGGAAAUAUAGCAAAGGAUCUCGGACUUGACCUGAAACGAUUGUCUGCUCGUAAAGCUCGAAUAGAGACAGAAGGCAGCAAUAAGCGAUACUGCGAAAUUAAUGUGAGUAAUGGAAAUUUGGUUGUGGCGGAAACAAUAGACCGAGAGGAGCUCUGUGGGUCGAAAAUUUCUUGCAUUCUUAAUUAUGAGCUUGUGUUGGAAAAUCCUCUUGAAGUGCACCGCAUUUCACUGCAGAUUGAGGACAUAAACGACAACGCGCCGAGAUUCCCUAAUGGUCGGAUAAUGUUUGAUAUCCAGGAAUCAGCAGUUAAAGGCGAACGUUUUCCUUUGGAUGAAGCUCACGACUCUGACAUAGGCCAAAACGCGAUUCAGGGAUAUUCACUUGAAAGAAAUGCUCAUUUUGUUUUGUCAAUUAAAGAAAACGCGGACGGAGGAAAAUAUGCUGAACUGAUUUUGGAUAAGCAGCUGGAUCGUGAACAGACGAAUGAAAUAGAUUUAAUAUUUACUGCGAUUGAUGGAGGGACUCCACAGAGGUCUGGUACUGCUCUUAUCCACAUCAAUGUUCUUGAUGCUAAUGACAAUAGCCCGGUUUUUAGUCAGUCUGUGUAUAAGGUGACUCUGGCUGAAAACACACCGUUGGGUGCAGAAGUAGUUACAGUGAGCGCUUCAGACGCUGAUGAGGGCGUGAACGGAGAGGUCAGUUAUGAAUUUAGUCGAAUAUCUGAUAAAGCAGCAAAAAUAUUUUCCAUCGACAAGACAACUGGUCAUAUUACAGUAAAAGGAAAUAUUGAUUAUGAAGAAGAAACUACGUAUGAAAUGAGAGUUCAGGCUAAAGAUGGUCCUGGCUUAGCAUCCACUGCCAAAAUUAUUAUAGACAUUACUGAUGUAAAUGAUAAUGCACCCAGAAUUAUAAUUAAAUCAUUAAAUGAUCCAAUUUCUGAGAAUUCUGAGAUAGGAACUGAAGUGGCAAUAAUUAAUGUUCAGGAUAACGAUUCAGGAGAUAAUCGAAAAGUCAGAUGUUUCAUUCAAGAAAAUGCUCCUUUCCAAUUAAACCCAUCUAUCAAAAACUAUUUUUCUUUGGCGACCGCACGCUUAUUAGACAGAGAGAGGACAUCAGAUUAUAAUAUAACAGUCACUGCUACUGAUGGAGGCUCUCCACCUUUAUCAACAUCCAUAACCUUCCAUCUAUCUGUAUCUGACAUCAAUGACAAUCCACCUGUAUUUGAGCAGCUGUCCUACACUGCAUAUGUAAUGGAAAAUAAUAAAGCAGGAACAUCUAUUAGUGCUAUUAUUGCAAGAGACCCAGACUGGAGGCAGAAUGGUACAGUACUGUAUUCUCUGGUGCCCAGUGAGAUGAAUGGUGUUCCAUUUACCUCAUUUGUAUCCAUUAACUCAGAUACUGGAGUGAUUCAUGCUGUGAAAUCAUUUGAUUAUGAGAAGUUUAGAGACUUUAAAGUCCAGGUUGUAGCCAGAGACAAUGGUUCUCCUCCACUCAGCAGCAAUGUGACUGUGAGUGUGUUCAUAUCAGAUGAGAAUGAUAAUGCUCCACAGAUUUUAUAUCCUGAUCCAGAGGGAAAACCAUUUAUGACAGAGAUGGUUCCUAAAGCUGUUCUUUCUGGCUCUUUGCUUUCCAAAGUGAUCGCUGUGGAUGCUGAUUCUGGUCAGAACGCAUGGUUGUCGUAUCAGAUCGUCAAAUCUACUGAUCCAGGACUUUUCACUAUUGGUCUCCAUAGCGGAGAGAUCAGGGCUCAGAGGGACAUUUCUGAAUCUGACAGCAUGAAACAGAACCUUGUUAUCUCAGUGAAAGAUAAUGGGCAACCUCCUCUUUCUGCUACGUGUUCUGUAUAUUUACUUAUUUCUGAUAAUCUUGCUGAAGUUCCAGAACUUAAAGACAUGACUUAUGAGGAGAACAAUUCCAAACUGACUUUCUUUUUGAUAAUUGCACUGGUUUCUGUUUCCACUUUCUUUUUGACUUUCAUUAUUCUGAUCCUGGCUUUGAGAUUUUGUCACAGAAGAAAACCCAGACUGUUGUUUGAUGGAGCAGUGGCCAUUCCCAGCACUUAUCUUCCUCCCAAUUAUGCAGAAGUGGAUUGUAUGGGAACUCUCCAUAGUUCUUACAAUUAUGACACAUAUCUAACCACAGGGUCACGCACCAGUGACUUCAAGUUCAUCACUUCUUACAAUGACACCACACUUACUGCUGAUGGAACUCUGAAGAAGGUUCAACAAGAGACUUUAUCUCCGAAUUUGAUUACACUUAACAAUUCAGAAGUGGAAAAUGAGGUGAAAGAUUGUAUGAGUAAUCUUCAAGCUUUCCCUGAGACCGAAAAUCAUUGUUACAGAAGCUUGUGUUCACUGAGGACUGUACUCCAAAAAAUAGCACCAUUUUACCACACGACUUUGUAUAAAAUGAGAAUGGAAAAGAUAUCUUCAUUUACGACAUUAUGUCAUUUGGCAUGGGUAUUCAUCAUCAUUCAAGCUGUCCAAGCAGAUUUGAGCUACACAUUCCCGGAAGAAACGAAGCAGCAAUAUGUGAUCGGAAAUAUAGCAAAGGAUCUCGGACUUGACCUGAAACGAUUGUCUGCUCGUAAAGCUCGAAUAGAGACAGAAGGCAGCAAUAAGCGAUACUGCGAAAUUAAUGUGAGUAAUGGAAAUUUGGUUGUGGCGGAAACAAUAGACCGAGAGGAGCUCUGUGGGUCGAAAAUUUCUUGCAUUCUUAAUUAUGAGCUUGUGUUGGAAAAUCCUCUUGAAGUGCAUCGCAUUUCACUGCAGAUUGAGGACAUAAAUGACAACGCGCCGAAAUUUCCUAAUGGCCGGAUAAUGUUUGAUAUCCAGGAAUCGGCCGAUAAAGGAGAACGUUUCAUUCUAGAUGAAGCUCACGACUCUGACAUAGGCCAAAACGCGAUUCAGAAAUAUUCCCUUGAAAGAAAUGCUCAUUUUGUUUUGUCAAUUAAAGAAAACGCGGACGGAGGAAAAUAUGCUGAACUGAUUUUGGAUAAAGAGCUGGAUCGUGAACAGACGAAUGAAAUAGAUUUAAUAUUUACUGCGAUUGAUGGAGGGACUCCACAGAGGUCUGGAACUGCACUUAUCCACAUCAAUGUUCUUGAUGCUAAUGACAAUAGCCCGGUAUUUAGUCAGUCUGUGUAUAAGGUUACUCUGGCUGAAAACACACCGUUGGAUACAGAAGUAGUUACAGUGAGCGCUACAGACGCUGAUGAGGGAGUGAACGGAGAGGUCAGUUAUGAAUUUAGUCGAAUAUCUGAUAAAGCAUCAAAAUUAUUUUCUAUCGACAAGACAACUGGUCAUAUUACAGUAACAGGAAAUAUUGAUUACGAAGAAGAAUCUACCUAUGAAAUGAGAGUUCAGGCUAAAGAUGGUCCUGGCUUAGCAUCGACUGCCAAAAUUAUUUUAGACAUUACUGAUGUAAAUGAUAAUGCACCCAGAAUUAUAAUUAAAUCAUUAAAUGAUCCAAUUUCUGAGAAUUCUGAGAUAGGAACUGAAGUGGCAAUAAUUAAUGUUCAGGAUAACGAUUCAGGAGAUAAUCGAAAAGUCAGAUGUUUCAUUCAAGAAAAUGCUCCUUUCCAAUUAAACCCAUCUAUCAAAAACUAUUUUUCUAUAGUGACCACCUUAUUAGACAGAGAGAUGACAUCAGAUUAUAAUAUAACAAUCACUGCUACUGAUGGAGGCUCUCCACCAUUAUCAACAUCCAUAACCUUCCAUCUAUCUGUAUCUGACAUCAAUGACAAUCCACCUGUAUUUGAGCAGCUGUCCUACACUGCAUAUGUAAUGGAAAAUAAUAAAGCAGGAACAUCUAUUAGUGCUGUUAUUGCAAGAGACCCAGACUGGAGGCAGAAUGGUACAGUACUGUAUUCUCUGGUGCCCAGUGAGAUGAAUGGUGUUCCAUUUACCUCAUUUGUAUCCAUUAACUCAGAUACUGGAGUGAUUCAUGCUGUGAAAUCAUUUGAUUAUGAGACGUUUAGAGACUUUAAAGUUCAAGUUGUAGCCAGAGACAAUGGUUCUCCUCCACUCAGCACCAAUGUGACUGUGAGUGUGUUCAUAUCAGAUGAGAAUGAUAAUGCUCCACAGAUUUUAUAUCCUGAUCCAGAGGGAAAACCAUUUAUGACAGAGAUGGUUCCUAAAGCUGUUCUUUCUGGCUCUUUGCUUUCCAAAGUGAUCGCUGUGGAUGCUGACUCUGGUCAGAACGCAUGGUUGUCGUAUCAGAUCGUCAAAUCUACUGAUCCAGGACUUUUCACUAUUGGGCUCCAUAGUGGAGAGAUCAGGGCUCAGAGGGACAUUACUGAAUCUGACAGCAUGAAACAGAACCUUGUUAUCUCAGUGAAAGAUAAUGGGCAACCACCUCUCUCUGCUACCUGUUCUGUAUAUUUACUUAUUUCUGAUAAUCUUGCUGAAGUUCCAGAACUAAAAGACAUAAAUUAUGAGGAGAGCAAUUCCAAACUGACUUUCUUUUUGAUUAUUGCACUGGUUUCUGUCUCCACCUUCUUUCUGACUUUCAUUAUUCUGAUCCUGGCUUUGAGAUUUUGUCACAGAAGAAAACCCAGACUGUUGUUUGAUGGAGCAGUGGCCAUUCCCAGUGCAUAUCUCCCUCCCAACUAUGCAGAAGUGGCGGGAGCUGGAACUAUCCGUAGUUCUUACAAUUAUGACACAUAUCUAACUACAGGGUCUCGCACCAGUGACUUCAAGUUCAUCACUUCUUACAAUGACACCACACUUACUGCUGAUGGAACUCUGAAGAAGGUUCAACAAGAGACUUUAUCUGCGAAUUUGAUUACACUUAACAAUUCAGAAGUGGAAAAUGAGCAAACGCCUUUGUUUCACAUGAGAAUAGAAACGAUGAUGUCUUCAUUUUCAACAGUAUAUCGUUUGGCAUGGGUAUUCAUCAUCAUUCGCGCAGUCCGAGCAGAUUUGAGCUACACAUUCCCGGAAGAAACGAAGCAGCAAUAUGUGAUCGGAAAUAUAGCAAAGGAUCUCGGACUUGACGUGAAAAGAUUGUCUGCUCGUAAAGCUCGAAUAGAGACGGAAGGCAGCACUAAACGGUACUGCGACAUUAAUUUAAACAAUGGAAAUUUGGUUGUGGCGGAAACAAUAGACCGAGAAAAGCUUUGUGGGUCGAAAAUUUCUUGCAUUCUUAAUUACGAGCUUGUGUUGGAAAAUCCUCUUGAAGUGCACCGCAUUUCACUGCAGAUUGAGGACAUAAACGACAACGCGCCGAGAUUUCCUAAUGAUCGGAUUACGUUUAAUAUAAUGGAAUCGGCCUUUAAAGGAGAACGUUUCCCUUUGGAUGAAGCUCACGACUCUGACAUAGGCCAAAAUGCGGUUCAAGGAUAUUCACUUCAAAGAAAUAGUCAUUUUGUUUUGUCAAUUAAAGAAAACGCGGACGGAGGAAAAUACGCUGAACUGAUUUUGGAUAAGCAGCUGGAUCGUGAACAGAUAAAGGAAAUAGAUUUAUUAUUUACUGCGAUUGAUGGAGGGACUCCACAGAAAUCUGGUACUGCACUUGUCCACAUCAAUGUUCUUGAUGUUAAUGACAAUAACCCGGUUUUUAGUAAGUCUGUGUAUAAGGUUACUCUGGCUGAAAACGCACCGUUGGGUGCAGAAGUAGUUACAGUGAGCGCUACAGACGCUGAUGAGGGCGUGAACGGGGAGGUCAGUUAUGAAUUUAGUCGAAUAUCUGAUACAGCAGCAAACAUAUUUUCUAUUGACAAGACAACUGGUUAUAUUACAGUAAAAGGAAAUAUAGAUUAUGAAGAGGAAACUUCCUAUGAAAUGAGGGUGCAGGCCAAAGAUGGGUCUGGUUUAGCAUCCACUGCCAAAAUUAUUAUAGACAUUACUGAUGUAAAUGAUAACUCACCCCAAAUUAUUCUUAAAUCACUAAACAACCCCAUUCCUGAGAAUUCUGAGAAAGGAACUGAAGUCGCCCUAAUUAAUGUUCAGGAUAAUGAUUCAGGAGAUAAUCAAAAAGUCAGAUGUUCCAUUCAAGAAAAUGUUCCUUUCCAGUUGAACCCAUCUAUUAAAAACUAUUUUUCUAUAGUGACCACAAGCUUAUUAGAUAGAGAGAGGACAUCAGAUUAUAAUAUAACAAUCACUGCUACAGAUGGAGGCUCUCCACCUUUAUCAACAUCCAUAACCUUCCAUCUAUCUGUAUCUGACAUCAAUGACAAUCCACCGGUCUUUGAGCAGCUGUCAUACACUGCAUAUGUAGCAGAAAACAAUAAACCAGGAACAUCUAUUAGUGCUGUUAUUGCAAGAGAUCCAGACUGGAGACAGAAUGGUACAGUACUGUAUUCUCUGGUGCCCAGUGAGAUAAAUGGUGUUCUACUGUCAUCAUUUGUAUCUAUUAAUUCAGAUACUGGAGUGAUCCAUGCUGUGAGAUCAUUUGAUUAUGAAAAAUUCAGAGACUUUAAAGUCCUAGUUGCAGCCAGAGACAAUGGUUCUCCUCCACUCAGCAGCAAUGUCACUUUGAGUGUCUUUAUAUCAGAUGAGAAUGAUAAUGCUCCACAGAUUUUAUAUCCUGCUUCAGAGGGAAAGUCUUUGAUGACUGAGAUGGUCCCUAAAACUGCCCUCUCUGGAUCUCUGUUAUCCAAAGUGAUUGCUGUGGAUGCUGAUUCUGGACAGAAUGCAUGGUUGUCAUAUCAGAUCGUUAAAUCUACGGAUCCAGGACUUUUCACUAUUGGUCUACAUAGUGGAGAGAUCAGGACUCAGAGGGACAUUACUGAAUCUGACAGCAUGAAACAGAACGUUAUAAUCUCAGUGAAAGAUAAUGGGCAACCCCUCUCUGCUACCUGUUCUGUAUAUUUACUUAUUUCUGAUAAUCUUGCCGAAGUUCCAGAACUUAAAGACAUGACUUAUGAGGAGAGCAAUUCCAAACUAACUUUUUAUUUGAUCAUUGCCCUGGUUUCUGUUUCCACCUUUUUUCUGACUUUCAUUAUUCUGAUCCUGGCUGUGAGGUUUUGCCACAGAAGAAAACCCAGACUGUUGUUUGAUGGAGCAGUGGCCAUUCCCAGUGCAUAUCUUCCUCCCAACUAUGCAGAAGUGGAGGGAGCUGGAACUCUCCGCAGUUCUUACAAUUAUGACACGUAUCUAACUACAGGAUCACGCACCAGUGACUUCAAGUUCAUCACAUCUUACAAUGAUGCCACACUUACUGCUGGUGGAACUUUGGAAAAAGUAAAAAAUGAGACUUUAUCUGCAAGUCUGAUUACACUUAAUACAGGAGAGGGACAUGAGCAAAAGCCACCGAACAAUGACUGGCGCUUACCUCCUAACCAGAGGCCUGGACCUAGUGGCCAGCACAGGUUCCAUACCCUGCAGCAGAGGUGGACUCCAUACGAGAAGUCCAGAGCUGGACCUCGUCCUGAAGACUCUGGUGCCGGUGCAGUAGUGGGAACAGGACCGUGGCCAAACCCCCCCACCGAGGCAGAACAGCUCCAGGCUUUAAUGGCUGCUGCAAACGAAGCGAGUGAAGCUUCAGCGACUCUCGGACCUCGCUACAAUGCCCAGUACGUCCCCGACUACCGGCAGAACGUUUACAUCCCAGGCAGCACCGCUACCCUAACGGCUAACCCCCAGCAGCAGAUGCCUCAGCAGGCGCUGCCACCUCCUCAGGCCCCGCCCCAGGCUGCACCUACCAGCGAUGUCCCCAAGGCUGCCCCGACUCCGGCCAGCAAGAAGAAAGUCACCAAGAAGGACAAAAAGUAAUAAGCAUAAUAUAGCAUAAAGAACGCAUUAGAUCCGAUCAGAUCAGCAGUGGCGCUCUAUUUCUCUAAUCUGAGCAUUUCUCGUCUGUGCAUGUUCAGCUAGAAUAUUUCAUAACCAGAAAUCUCUUUAUGACUGAGACUAAAUAUCAGUUGCAAAUAGUUUUGCUUUUAGACACAACGUAAGAAAUUCCCAGCUCUCUCUCAGCUCGUUUUCCUUUUAUGUGGUAGAUUUCGGACCCUAGCAUAAAACACAAAUAUGGAUAAGAAAUAAAUAGGACAAGAUCAGACAAACCAUGUCUCUUUUGUAACCUUGUUUGAUAGCACUGAUAAAAAUACAUGUUGAUUAUCAUGUUACCAUUUGGUUGUUUGUUUUUUUGUUUUUCUUACGCAAAAUAGAUGCUAUUUGUUGUGACAAGAAUGAAAAUGAAAUGUUUUUCAAGAAUGUGCCAUAACCCUGAAAAUAAAAAUAAAAUGAUUAUUCUUGCAUGAUCCAAUUUUUAACCCUAGUAUUAAAAACCUAUGCAGUCUGAAACAGAUAAGAAAAUUUAUAAAGUUAAACAUACUUGCUAUAAAAAAAGCAAUUUUCCACCUAAAAAAAUAGUUGUACGGUUUGUAUUCUAAGAGAAAAAACAACGUAAGAUUGGAUUUGGUCUAGAAAAAGUCGUUUCGCUCUAUGUAAACUAUGCUAGCUUAAUUUUAUAUGAUGAUUAUGUAUAAUAUUAUUAUUUAAACACACUCUGAUGGUCUAUAGUGUGUAUUGCUCCUAUCAGCCUGUAUUAACACAAAGGUGAUUCCCAGACAUUGAAUAUAGUGGAUAUUGGUCAAUCAUGAUCAUGCAUCGAGUUCUUAGGAUGGGUUGUGAGUUGAGAAACAUAAAAGAUUUUGACAUACAAAUGAAUAUUUACCAGUGGCGAACAUUGAAAUAUGUUCUUAUAAAUAUUCAUCCAAAUCAGUAAGACCUUGGUUGUAUUCUCAACCAACUCCCAAAUUGAUCUUUAUUACUCACCUGCAUUCUGUAAAGUCUCAAACUCACCAUGUAAAUAUGCCAUGUAACCAGUCUGUACAAACUAGAGCCACAAACACCAGGCUAGCACAGGAAUGUUUCAGUAUUUUUAGAAAAAAAAAAAAAAAUAAUAAUAAUAAACAAACAAAAAAAAAAGUGUAGUGCUUUAGAUACAAAAAAAGAUUCAAACACACUUACUAACCAAACUGUAAAUACAACCUCGAAAUCUCUGAAGACAACGCAAUCAUAGCUUAGGCCUUGUGAAAUACUAAUCAAAAAAAUGUGCAUAUUUUUGUGUUUUUUCCUUCUCUUUCACUUUAUUUCUUCCCCAAAAAAAUGAAGGUGUUUUUAGCGUGCCCUUUCUUCGACAUCUCUCUAUAGUCUUCGGUGUUUUGUAAUUUACAGUAAGCUGUUUAAUGCUACCGGAAUGGCUAUUCCUGUCUGUUUAACUCAAAAUAUAUAGAAAAUAAUAAUAAAUGUAAAUGUCUGUCUGCUGCUUGAAUAUCUUUCUGUAUUCAAUUGUGUAUUUCAAUUCCUUUAUCUCUUUUUCUUUCUUAACCGCUUUAACGCUUCAUGUCCUGCUUUUAUUUUAUAUGCCGAUAUUUAUAUGGCUGUUGAUUUUUUGUUUAUGUUCUUGUUUAUUAAUGGGACACUUACAUUUCAAAUAAAAGUUUGAACUCACAUUAA